AUGCCAUCAGUAUUCAUUAGGGGGGCUACAGGGCUAGUAGGAAGAGCGUUAGUGCAUGAGCUGCAAGAGCACGCAUAUCAGAUAAGCGUGCUAGCUCUGAGUGAAGCGAAUGUGCUCCAACUGCAAUCUCAAGGAGACGGAGUGAGAGUGGUUCGCGGGAGUCUCGAUGACUUGGCCACUCUCAAAGCAAAAGCAGCGUGGAAGGAUAUUGAUGGGGUGAUCCACCUUGCCUUCAUCCACAAGUCAGACCAGUAUGCGCAGUCGUCUGAGGUGGAUGCGAAGGCCAUUGCAGCUUUGGGCGACGGACUUAGGGAGGUUGCUAGUGAGAGCGAGGGAAGGCGCAAUGCGAAAGCGCUCGUGGCGAGCUCUGCUGUCGCGGUAGAUGCCCAAGGUAGUGACGGCGUGGCGAGGGAGGCUGAUGCUCCACUCGAUGUUUUCCGCGUAGAAGCGAAGCAGCUGCUUUGGAGAUGGCACGAUCGGACUCGCAAAGAGCUCGGCUGGAACCCCACACAAGUAGACCUGUUGAGCGAUAUUGAGCACAACUAUGCUGCUUAG